AUGAACGACAAUAAAGUGGACGUCCUUGCAUUGCAAGAAACCCACCUAAUGGAUGACAACAUCUCCAAGAUCAAAGUACAUGGCUUCACGACAGUUACCUAUGCUGGGCACGAAAAACAUGCCAUAGCCACCCUGGUAAGGAAAGACCUGUUGAGCAACACAACAAAAAUAAAGAGUAGCCACGACUUCACUGUGGGAAUCAAGGUGAACGACAUGACGAUAUUUAAUGUGUACAAGCCACCCUCCAGCUCUUGGUCUCCACCCAUGCUCCCUGUGACACUCCACCCCGCUGUCUACAUAGGAGACUUCAACUCUCAUCGCUUCAAGUGGGGAUAUAACAAGAACAACAGUGAUGGCGUCUGUCUGGCAGACUGGGCUGAAACCAACAACUACCACCUUCUGUACAAUGCCAAAGAUAAGCCCACUUUUCACUCUAGUGCAUGGAAAACCAAAACUACUCCCAACUUAUGUUUCGUGUCCAGCAAAAAUACAGGAGCAGCAAUGCCAGCAUCACAGACAGUAUUAAACCGCCUGCCUAGAAGCCAACACUGCCCAGUCUUAAUAAAAAUAGGCCUACAGCUACAAAUUGUAAUAAGCCCUCCCAUCCCAAGUUGGAAUCUGAGAAUGUCCAACUGGAAAGCAUAUCGAGAAAGCGUGGAGAAAAUGAUAAUGAGAAUACCACCUACUGCUGCAAACUAUGCACACUUCUAUAAGUUACUCAUUCACGCAGCUCAUAAAAAUAUCCCCCAAGGAACCAGAAAAUACCACAUCCCAUGCUGGUCUGAAGAAUUCAGCAACCUACUGGAAGAAUUUAACAGAACAGAAGAUGAGUGCACUGCCCAGGCCCUUACCGAUUUACAGGACAAGGUAUGA